AUGGAGUUUCGUUCUUCGGUUACAAUCCUCGUCGACCGACACUGCCAACCCACAAAUGCGAAACAUGUCAAGGAAAACACGCCGAGGGACUGGAGGCUUCAUAUUUACAAAAAGGUCGCCGUGAUACCAGGAGAAAGAUGA